AUGCUUAAUAACAUCACUGUUCUUGACGUUAAGAUAGGCAGUUUUUGGCUGCAAAAACGCAGUCCAACCCAGAUGUCCAACACAAAGCUGGCUUACACCCCAACCCUCACAGAGCGCAGUUCAUUAACAACUGGUUUGCACUUCUGCACUUUGAAAUCUAUCAACUGCAGGACAAUUGUACUCUGCAAAUCCUUCCUCCAUAAAUGCCUCCUCCUCUCCCCUUCAACUUCCAACUUCCAACUUCCAACUUCAAAACCACCCUUCCCGCCAUUCCCUCUUGCUCUCCCUCUCUCUUUAUCCAACAGUAUGCAUUAUUCAAAGUACGCCACUAACUCCAACUCAAGCGGCAGCGGUGCCAGUGGCAGCAAUGCCUCUGUCAAUGGAGGUGGUGCUGCUUCCUCUGGUACCGGGCGCCACCCUGUUUACCGCGGAGUGAGGCGUAGGAGCAGCGGGAAAUGGGUGUCGGAGAUUCGGGAGCCCAAGAAGCCCAAUCGCAUUUGGCUUGGUACAUUUCCAACUCCGGAAAUGGCUGCAGUGGCUUAUGAUGUGGCUGCACUUGCUCUUAAGGGUCAAGAUGCUGAGCUUAACUUUCCGAACUCCGCUUCUUCCUUGCCUGUUCCUGCAUCCACCUCUCCACGUGACAUCCAGGUGGCCGCAGCCUCGGCGGCCGCGGCCGCUGGAGCCGCUGUGGAUGCUCUAUCUGGGGGUGGAAGUACCAUUAGUCCAAUAGCACUAGGCAGAUCAAUGGCUAAUGAGUUUGUUGACGAGGAUUUGAUCUUCGAUAUGCCCAAUCUUCUUGUGAAUAUGGCAGAAGGGAUGCUUCUCAGCCCUCCUCGCUUGGAUUUGGCAGGGGAAGAUGCCACCGCGGAUUUUACAGGAGAUCACAGCCUCUGGAAUUAUCCUUAA